AUGGCUGAGGUUUGGUCAGAGGACGAAGGGACGGAAGAAUAUCGCGAAGGAGGGUACCAUUUCGUCCGAAUCGGUGACGCAUUCAAGCGCGGCCGAUAUGACAAGCAAAAAUCCCGAUACGUUGCUUUAAAAGUUCACAAAAGCGAAAAAGAUUACAGCGACGCUGCGACGGCUGAAAUCGAGAUACUAGAUCAGAUCGCUAAAAGAGAUCCUGAGGAUGAGAAGCCUGUUGUGAAACUAUUGGAUCACUUCAAACAUUCGGGUCCCAACGGGCAGCACGUUUGUACGGUUCUUGAGUAUCUCGGUGAUAAUCUUCGGACACUGCUCAAGUACUCAGUUUAUGCCGGAAUCCGGCCUCUUCAUAGGGUCAAGGAGAUUUGCUUUCAUAUCUUGGUUGGUUUGGAUUACCUUCACCGCCAGCUUUCUAUCAUCCACACCGAUUUGAAGCCGGAGAAUAUAGUUUUACUUUGCAAGAUUGAUCCGUCUAAUGAUCCGACAAAAUCAGGCGCGCCUCUUAUUCUUCCAUCCCGAAAAAGGAAGGCUUUCGCGGUGCCAGAGCCUGGAGAUCUUACAAAAAACUCGAAAAAAAAAGCCGAACGGACCUUAUGGCAGAAGAAGCUGCUCGCUGAGGCCGAUCUGAAGUGUAAAAUUGUGGAUCUUGGAAAUGCUUGUUGGACACACGAACAUUUCUCUGGUGAGAUUCAGACGAGGCAGUAUAGGUGCCCGGAGGUAAUCCUCGGAUCGCCGCACUCAACGUCCGCGGAUAUAUGGUCGUUUGCUUGUGUUUGUUUUGAGUUGGCCACUGGACAGUUCCUAUUUGAUCCUCAUCCUCGUGAUGAUCACGACGAGGAUGAGGAUCACUUGGCCUUGAUUAUGGAACUUCUCGGGAAGAUGCCCCGGAAGAUUGCUUUAGGCGGUUGUCGUUCGAUGGAGUUCUUUAAUAAAUCCGGAGGUCUGAAGCACAUUCGCGGAGGAUUGAAAUUCAGGCAACUUAAUAAGGUGCUUGUGAAAAAAAAUUGGUUUAGUGAGGCAGAUGCGGAAGAAUUUGCGGAAUUCUUACUACCAAUGCUUGAUUUUGAGCCGUUGAAAAGGCCUACUGCUGCACAAUGUCUGAGUCACCCGUGGAUGAAUAAUGUCCCUAGACCUAUUGCGCCACGCCGGCACGCACCGGAAAGCGGAUGUCCAGAAAAGAAGAGAAGGAGAUAG